CACUAGACCAGACGCAAAGAAUCCGCCCUAUCGCCCCACCUUCUUCUCUCUCUCUCUCUCUUUCUCUCUCUUGCAUUUAGACCACACAAAGACAGACAUUUCCAAAUCCCAAAAACAUCUCCAAAACCCACAUCCCAACCCAACCAGACCUCUUUUCCUCUACUCUGUUUUCUUUGAUGUAGAAAAAGUUUCCAUCUUUUUUAUUCACAAACGAGAAAAUAAGAUAUAUAACACCCUCCAUCUCCUUUCACAAAUUCACUAUAACCCAAAAUCCAAAAACAUAGAAAAAAAAGGUGAAAUCUUGAUGGGGUACCUAUCUUGCAGAGCUGAAUCUGCUAUCUCAACCUCUAAUUCCCAUACCCCAUCUUCCAAAACCACCUCUUCUCCUCAAGAAAGGCCCAUCAAGAUCCAACAGUUUGAUUACAGUGACCUUGAGGCAGCCACCAAUGGCUUCUCUGACCAGAAGUUGUUGGGGAAAGGAAGCCAUGGUUAUGUCUAUAAGGCUGUCCUCCGUGGUCGUCUUGUUGCUGUGAAAAGGCCUUCUCGAGCCCAUCACAACCUCUGUCAAAGACCUGCAUCUUCCUCUGCACCAGAGAUCACCAAUGAGGUUGACAAUGAGAUCGAGAUCUUGUCCAAGAUUCAGAGUCCAAGGCUGGUCAAUCUGGUGGGUUAUACAAAUGAUUCAAAAGAUAGGCUUUUGGUGGUGGAGUUCAUGAGCAAUGGUACUCUUUACGAUGUUAUUCAUUCUAGUCCUCGACCUCCCACCUGGGGGCGAAGAAUUCGAUUGGCUUUGCAAACUGCUAAGGCCAUUGACACCCUUCAUUCUUCAAACCCACCUGUAAUUCAUAGAGAUAUUAAGUCCGCAAAUGUGCUUAUUGACCGUAAUUUCAAUGCCCGUUUGGGAGAUUUUGGCUUGGCAUUAAGGUGCCAUGUUGAUGACUAUAGGCUAAGGUCCACACCCCCUGCAGGUACCAUGGGGUACCUUGAUCCUUGCUAUGUGACCCCAGAUAAUUUGAGCACAAAACUUGAUGUUUUUAGUUUUGGGAUUUUGUUGUUAGAGAUUAUUAGUGGUAGGAAAGCUAUUGAUGUUGGUCAUUCACCACCUUCUAUAGUGGAUUGGGCUAUUCCCCUUAUAAAGAAAGGGAAGCUAAUGGCUGUUUAUGAUCCAAGAAUUCCACCUCCCAAAGAUCCUGUUGUAAGGAAGCAAUUGGCUGUUAUAGCAGCCAAGUGUGUGAGGUCUUGUAGGGAGCGUAGACCAGCCAUGAAAGAUGUGGUUGUUUGGCUUAGUGGUUUGAGUAAGUUGGUUCCUCUGCAUACAUGGAAUGGUUUUAAUAAUCCAUGUUUGAUGGUAGAGACUGUAGGACGCCCUGUUGAAGUUAGAAAUCCUAAUUUGAACAUGGUUGAAGGUUUUGGAGAAGGGAAUUUGGAUUCCAUGGAUGCUAAGUUUGCUAAACAAGCCAUGAGGAGUUCAAGGAGAGUUUACUCUGACUUGGGGUUCAGUAGCAAUUUGAUGGAGCUUAUGGCUACUACAGAUGGUGAGUCUGAAUUGCGCGGUGAUGCUGAUGGAGUUGAGCCUGUUUCAAAAUCCGGUAGUCGGGUUUCUAGUUCAAGAUUUGGUAGUGGAAGACAUAUCAUUGGAUGGAAAACUCCAUCCCGGAAUGAUGCUGGUAAAAAAGAUGUGUUGCAUUUCAGAAGAAACCGUUCCUUUGGGAAAGGUUCAGAAAUAUGUACGAGCAGAGACGAUGUGAUUCCUCGCUCAAGUUUUCGUUCUCAUAAAGCUGAAGUUGUAUAGUUCAGAGCAUAAAAUUUUGGUGAAGGGAUUCAAAAAUAGAGCAAAGGUUGGACCUGUAAGCUUCUCUGGCUUUCAAUAUUGAACAUGUAAAUUUGUUUGUAGCUCAUUGUUUGUGGGUUUCAUUCAUUGUUAAUCUGUUUUUCAUUUUUACAAUUGUGAAGAUCAUGGGCACAUUGCUUAUGUCCCAAUUAUAGGCUGUUUGAUCGUUGUAUUAGUUUUCAUGUUUGUUGUGCAAUAUUGAUUAUGUAUGAUAAGAAAUGCACUUUAAUGCAUACAUGAAACUGAUUCAAAAACCAUCAAAUGCACAGAAAUUUGAUGUUCAUCCUUGAAACUUCAA